GCGGAGUGAGACGGCUCGUGAAGAAAGGCCUCGCGUUGCUUCAGGUGUGCCGCUCGCACAACGCAAGAAAACUAAAGCGUUUUUAAGGCUUCGGCCUCCUGAAGCUGUCUGAAGGCGUUUCCCCACAGUCGGGUGUCCACAUUUGAGCAACUUUACAACCUUCUUGACCAAAAGCUUGUUUUCCACCACCUGGAAGCUUUCGCGCUAAAUUAGCAUAGCUCACGUUUCGUGCUAACCCCUUGUUCGUGUUAGCCAUGUCUGGUAUUGUUCGUGGACCUCAAGGCAGCAACGACUGUCGGAUUUAUGUGGGAAAUCUCCCUCCAGAUAUACGCUCAAAGGAUGUGGAAGAUCUGUUCUAUAAGUACGGAGUCAUUCGCGAUAUUGACCUGAAAAACCGAAGAGGAGGACCACCAUUUGCCUUCGUUCAGUUCGAGGACCCGAGAGAUGCAGAUGAUGCGGUUUACGCACGUGACGGUUACGACUAUGAUGGGUACCGGCUGCGGGUGGAGUUUCCUCGAAGUGGUCGCGGUGGUGGUGGUGGUGGUGGUGGACCCUCGUCAGGGCCUCCUAGGGGCAGGUUUGGGCCCCCAUCCCGCCGCUCUGAGUACAGAGUUGUUGUGUCAGGGCUUCCUCCGAGUGGAAGCUGGCAGGACCUUAAGGAUCACAUGAGAGAGGCAGGUGAUGUAUGUUAUGCUGAUGUUUAUCGUGAUGGCACUGGAGUGGUGGAGUUUGUACGCAAAGAAGACAUGACCUAUGCUGUCCGCAAGCUGGAUAACACCAAAUUUCGCUCUCAUGAGGGUGAGACCACAUACAUUCGUGUGAAGAGUGAUGGGCCUGGCAGUCCCAGUUAUGGCCGCUCCCCCUCACGCAGUCGCAGCAGGAGCCGCAGUCGCAGCCGAAGCAGGAGCGCUUCUCGAAGUUAUUCUCCUCGUCGUGGCAGAGGAUCUCCUAACUACUCCCCCCGCCGCUCCCGUUCACGCUCUCGCACCUGAACCCUCUCCCAGAACAAACCAGUGGCGUGAGCUCAAGAAGGCGGCUUCAUACAUAAACAAAUUCUGCAGUUCUCACGGACCAUUCCAGAGGAACAGGAUAGGAUGGGAGAGGAUACAGUUCAAGUUAGGAUUAACAGGAGGAGGAGUCAAAAAUGGCACCAAUGGUAUGAUGGCUGUGCCUUGUCAACUGUGAACACUGCAUUAUAGGGCUUUUGAGUUAUUUUUCUCUUUACCGAUACUUGUUAUCCAAAGUUUUUUUCUAAUUUAACAUAGCAGACCUUUAAACUUAAACAGUAAUUAGUUUUUUGAAACUUGAUUACAUAUGAUUUUGAAUGAUUUUUGAAGGUGUGAUUCUAACUUGCCUCCUUCUCUUUGAUUUUACUGGUAUCUGAAGGUUUGGACUGGGCUCUUUGUCUGACCAUUUCGGAGCUGGAUUAGGAUUAGGAUUCAGGAUGGAUGCAUGGAGCAGGCGCACGGGAACAGUUUACCCGGGAAGGGAUUCCGACCCCUGGCCCUGUCUGCAUAUCCGCUUCAAACUGGAGAUAAAAUAGAAAAAACAUCAAUUGGCUUUUUAACAAACUAUUUUCAAUUGGAACCAGAGACAUGAUCACAUGCAAUGGUGAGGAUUUAUUUUUUCAAAUUUUUGUUCUUCAUUAAAAGAAGAGGAAAGCUUGGAUCAAACCAGGAGGGCUGGGAAGUGCAGGAUGGAUCGACACGCAUAAGGAGUGGUAAUUUGUGGGUGAUUUACAAUAGUGAAAGGGGAGGGGGACCUCCGGAUGGUUCUAUUGCUUUCUUAGGCCAGUCUUUUUCUGAAGUUUUAGUUAUAACUUUGAGUAUGCCAUAGCUUUAUUCUCUUUUUAAAUAAAUAAUUGUAAUAAAACA